AUGGUCGAUGCAAGCAAGUCAAACCACGCCGUGACAGCGCUGCUUUCGCAAUGGGCAGAAUGCGGACGCCUCUCGUACAAAUUCUACGUGACAGCCGUCGCCAGCGGCCGCGACGGCAAGCCUCGCAUGAUGGCUACCUUCAGCAAGCCUACCGUUCAGACACCUGCCCCCGAGGCAGUGGCCCGGCUGUACUUUCAUCUAAGCACAGAUCACCAGCGAGUACGCGGCUUCACGGUGGAGCAGGACCCGCACUUCCACGACCUCGAGGCAGUCAAGUUCGAUGAAGAAGUAUUAGAUCGCGUUAUUCGACGCAAGCUGCAGUUGCAAGCUGCACAACUCGUUGAUCUCAGCGACGAGUUCGCCUCCACGCGUGUACCGGCGGUCAUACGUGCACGCGCAGAUGAGCAGCGCGAACAUGAGCGUGAAGCGAUGGAGGAGUAUCUACUCGAGCAAAUGCAGCACAGCGACUCGUACAAUGAUGGUAAACUGCUGAUCGAGUUGUUCCGUGAGACCAUAGACGCGUUGGAGCUGGAUCCUCGCGUGGUACCGCGCGAAGUGCUGUUAGCGCUUGUCGCUUCAGACCGAGACGACAUGAUAACGUACAGCGAUUUUGUGUCUGUAGCUGCAGACGUAAUUGAUGCUAUGGUCGGAGCGCGGCAGACUGACGAUGGGAAGACAACUUCGCGUGAGGACAAAGAGGACGAGGCGCUAGAUGCAUUUGAGGUGGUGACGGCUCGCCAAACUCAUUAUACAGUGGAAAAAUUGACAGCACUCGUGGAGGCACAUGCGGAGCGGGUUGCUGAGGCAGCCAAAGCCAUGGCUGCCCGCCGGGUUGCAGCCGAAAUGGAAGCUCAACAGGAAACAACCACUGCCAUCCCCGAGGAAACCAAAGAAGAUGAAAACGAAGAAGAAGAGGACCAUAAAGACGCGAAAGCUACACCGGGGGCCGAAUCAACUGCUGGUGAUGUAGCUGAAGACAGCGAGAGCUUACAAGAAAUAUCUUACUCCUCUGAUCAUCGUAGAUCUUCAGCUAAUCAGCACCCUCGAAUGACGCGAUACCAGUUGCGAUCUCUCCUCGAGACGCCACAACUACUCCUCAGUAACGCGGAGAUAAACCUCACGAUAGCUUUAGCGGAGACAACGACCAACUCCAGCGGCGUCGAAGAGGUUCUCUGCGAGAAGCUGGCGCCACUGCUGCGCCGGGUGCGUCGGAUGAUCUUCCGCUUCCAGUGCAAAGGAUUCGUUGACCGAACGGAGAAAUACUUGCUAAACCAGUUCCAAGCCUUUGAGAAGCGAAAUUUACAGGGCACCUCAAAACACUUGAAGCAACGCUUAACACAGAAAGAGGUGAAAAAGGCGAUGGGGAAUAUGCAAAAGCUGUUGCUCUCCCCGUAUCAACUAAUGCAGCUUGCUGCACUAACCGAAGAACGACCUGGGGAGGCUGACCACGAAGUGUAUUACCAGGAAUUUGUUCCUCACAUGACCCAGCACCUGCGUGAACUAGUGAACGUGAAUAAGUUGGCCGAGAAGUCUACUAUGCUUCAUGAAAUGGGUGUCUGGGACUUCGAUACGGUAGGUCUACCGAGUGAAGACGUUGUCAGGCAAGCUAGUUUCGACUGUUUUGCCAGCUUUGACAAGACGCAGUUUGGCGCUAUCCCGAUUGGAGACUUCCACACAGCUCUUCACCAACUCGGCCAAACUCAUGGCUUCCCUGUUGGGGGGAUGACGGAGAUGAAGCAACUAAGCGUGCUGGCAGAUCCAAACGGCAGCGGGCGUGUAAAUUACGCCCUUUUCCAGCAUCUCAUGUACCCUCUGAUGCUAUUUCUUCUCCAGGAGCGCGACCUAGCUGCUGCGAAGGAAACCUCGCGGGUGCGAUGUGUUAAGCAGGAAGUGAACAGCGAGUAG